CCGGUGGGACCCUCCAACAUGCUGCAAUGCAAACACGCUCAGGAAUUCAGCUUCGGGCCCCGGGCUCUGAAGGACGCUCUGAUCUCCACCAACCCGGCCCUGCAGGAGCUCUACGUCAAGGCUUUCUCCAGCGCUGAGAAGCUGUUCCUCUCCGAAGCCUACAACCCCCAGCGAACGCUCUUCUGCUCGCUGCUCAUCAGGACGGCCUUCGACUGGCUCCUCAGCCACCCCGAUGCCCCCGAAGACUUUGAAACCUUCUACCACUCCAUGCUGAGGAGGAAGCAGAAUUUCUAUCGAAAGCACAUUUACCUGCAGCCGAUAGACCUAACGGAAGGGCCCGUGGGGCUCUCGCUGCUCGAUUCCCUGCAAAGCUGCGUCGAGUCCUUCUUCCUGGGCCUCCGUGUCAAGUGCCUUCCCUCCAUCUCCGUCUCCUCUAUCCACUGCUGCUACCGCCACAGCCGGGACUCGGACCGAGUGCAGCUGCACGCAGAUGGGAUCCUGAAUUUCCUGAAGAACAACAAGCCCAUGGAUGCCCUGUGUGUCCUGGGACUCACACUGCUGGACCUUUACCCAUGUGAGACCUGGAGCUUCACAUUCAGCAAAUUCCUGCCCGGACAAGAAGUGGGAGUUUGCAGCUUUGCCAGGUUUUCGGGGGAUUUCCCCCCAUCUGGCUGCAGCAACUGGACUCCCCUGGUGCAGAAGGACGGGCUGUGCGAAGCCAGCAAGGAAAGCAGAGAGCGGACGGUGCCGUUCAGCGCCCUUGAGAUGGUCCAGUGCUGUAAGGUGACCUGCCACGAGAUCUGCCACCUCAUGGGGCUGGGGACCUGCCGCUGGCUGCCGUGCAUCAGGAGCAGGGGGGAAACGGGGAGCAAAGACGAAGCUCUACGCCUGGACGCAGACGGUGCUGUCCGGCUGGCCGAGACAGGAGCCGGCGGAGCUGUCGGCCUCCGAGGAGCUGCUCCCGUUCAGCUCGGACUCCGGAAGUACGAGCUGUGGCUGGAGAGCUGCAUCGCCGCCCUGGAGAGGAACGUCUCCGAGGAGGAGCUGGCGCGCGUGGACGAGACUGUGGACGCGCUGGCCAAGUGGGACAUGUUCACGGGGCAGCUGCCGGCUAUGAGGAAGGAUCUGCCCUUCGCGAGGGACAACGCGGGGCUGCGGAAAGUGCUCGGAGACAAAUUUUCCUCUCUGCGGAGGAAACUGAGCUCAAGAAAACUGUCCAAAGGGGAAUCAUCCCCCCAUCGCUGGAGGUGGGAGGAAAACUAG